UCCGAGCGUAGGCGAGUUUCUGUGCCUCCAACGUCACCGUGAAGCUCCAAUUGAUGCUUUGUAACAUCAGCGGGGCGUAAUGGGGCACACCCAAUAAUUGCGCUCGAGAUAGGUACACGAUAGCCUCAUUGCAGGCCAACUCAAGCUCGCGGGUCAUAUGUAGGUCGAUUCUCUCUCACAGUCGAUAAGUGCCAUAUUCUUCUGCUCCCUGUCCCUCUAGUCUUCUCCCAACAAUCUCACUCAAAAUGGCGUCGGAGAAGAAGAGCGAACGCGGCAUCCGUAUUGCCAUCGACCGCGGUGGGACCUUUACGGACUGUGUUGGCAAUCCCGGUACGGGCAAGAUGGAGGAUGACAAGAUCAUCAAGCUGCUCUCUGUCGAUCCGCAGAACUACGACGACGCGCCGCUGGAAGGCAUCAGACGCCUGCUGUCCGAGUUUCAAGGUAAGGAGAUCCCUCGUGGUGAGCCGUUGGACACAAGCAAGAUUGAGAGUAUACGGAUGGGUACCACAGUAGCGACGAAUGCGCUUUUGGAGCGGAAGGGUGAAGACAUCGCCAUGGUGGUGACCAAAGGCUUCAAGGAUUGCCUCGAGAUUGGCAACCAGAGCAGACCGAACAUCUUCGACUUGGCAAUCCGGAAGCCUGAAGUCCUGUACAAGAAAGUCGUGGAGAUAGAUGAACGAGUAACGCUGGAAGACUAUGCCGAGGAUCCUGAGCGGCACCAGACGGAUGCUGCUGCCGCAGAAGAUGCGUCAGAAGAUGCUGAGCUUGUCAAAGGUUUGUCAGGCGAGGCUGUGCGAAUACUGCAGAGACCGAAGGAAGACCAAAUACGGCAACAGCUGCAAGAAGUUUACGACUCGGGCUUGCGAAGUAUAGCGGUCUGUCUAAUGCAUGGCUAUACCUACCCGAAGCAUGAAGCUCUCGUUGGACGUAUCGCAAAAGCCAUCGGCUUCGAACAUGUAUCUCUUUCGCAUGAGCUCAUGCCGAUGAUCAAGCUCGUGCCCCGGGCGACUUCCGCUUGCGCAGAUGCCUACCUUACACCUGCUAUCCGGAAGUACAUCAACGGCUUCCAGAAAGGUUUCGCAGGUGGUCUGGGCACCGAAAGUGUGAAGCGCGAGGAGGGCUCCAAGGGUGCGAGAUGCGAGUUCAUGCAGUCGGACGGUGGGCUGGUGGAUGUGGACAUCUUCUCCGGCCUGCGAGCGAUCUUGUCUGGACCGGCCGGUGGUGUUGUUGGCUAUGCGCUUACCAGCUAUGAUCCCAACACCAAGACGCCCGUCAUAGGUUUCGACAUGGGAGGCACGAGUACGGACGUGAGUAGGUACGGAAGCGGCAGAUAUGAUCAUGUCUUUGAGACGACGACGGCUGGUGUUACCAUACAGAGUCCACAGCUGGACAUCAAUACCGUCGCUGCCGGCGGUGGCAGCAGGCUUUUCUUCCGAAACGGCCUCUUUGUGGUUGGGCCGGAAAGCGCAGGCGCACAUCCAGGACCAGCAUGCUAUCGCAAAGGUGGUCCCCUCACUAUAACUGACGCGAACCUUUACCUCGGCCGCCUGCUCCCGGACUUUUUCCCGAAGAUAUUCGGCAAGAACGAGGACGAGGGCUUGGACGAGGGUGCGAGUGAGAAGGCCUUCAAGGAGCUUACGGAGCAGAUUAAUAAGGAGGUUGCCAGGGGAGAGGGGAGCGGGAAGAAGGGGGAAAUGAGUACGGAUGAGAUCGCUUAUGGAUUUAUUAAGAUCGCGAACGAAACCAUGACAAGGCCUAUUCGAUCACUGACGGAAGCAAGAGGGCACGACACGAGUAAACAUAGGCUUGCGACAUUUGGUGGCGCAGGCGGGCAGCAUGCGGUAGCCAUCGCAGAGGCACUUGGCAUCAGUCAGAUACUGAUACACCGCUAUUCUUCCGUGCUCUCAGCUUACGGUAUGGCGCUUGCGGAUGUGGUAGACGAGCGGCAGGAGCCGGAAAGUAAGGUGUGGUCUGAUGACGGUGACGUUAGAAAGUAUCUGCAAGGUAAGAUGGAAGACCUGAAGAAGAAGUCGACGGCUACGCUGCGUGACCAAGGCUUCGAAGAGAACCAAAUCCGAUUCGAAGAGUAUCUCAACAUGCGAUAUCGGGGCACGGAGUCUGCGCUCAUGGUUGUGAAGCCGAGCAAGGAGGAAGCUGAGAAGGAGCAUAAUGGCGAGGAGUGGGCUUUUGGCAAAGCAUUUGUGAAGCAGCAUGAACAAGAAUUUGGUUUCACUCUUCCUGACCGAGACAUCAUCGUCGACGAUGUGCGCGCUCGCGGUAUUGGCAAGACGUUCGAAGGACUAGAGAAGACGGUGGAUCAGCAAUUGAAGGAGGUUAAGCCUAAAGACAUCAAGGGGGACGAGAAAGUGUACGGCAAGCGUUCCGUUUACUUCGAUGGUGGUCGACAAGAGACCGCUGUCUACAAGCUCGAAGACCUGGCAGUUGGAGACCGGAUACGAGGGCCUGCGAUCAUUGCAGACGGGACGCAGACUAUCGUUGUAACUCCGGAUGCAUCAGCACUGCUAAUUGAUACACAUGUCGUGAUCAAUCUUGGAGAGAGCGAUGGGCAGGAUACGAAGGUAGACACGAAAGAGGCGGACCCAAUCAUGCUCUCUAUCUUUGCACAUCGGUUCAUGGCGAUUGCUGAGCAGAUGGGCCGAGCGCUGCAAAAGACUAGUGUCAGCACUAACGUCAAGGAACGGCUUGACUACUCCUGUGCAUUGUUCGACUCGGACGGUGGGCUUGUAGCCAAUGCGCCGCAUUUGCCAGUGCAUUUGGGCAGCAUGAGCACCUGUGUACAAAAGCAAGCCGAGAUAUGGCGAGGUAAGCUGAAGAAGGGUGAUGUGCUCGUUUCGAACCAUCCCAUGUUCGGCGGCACGCAUUUACCAGACAUUACUGUCAUCACGCCUGCAUUCAGCGGCGACAAGAUCGUCUUCUACGUGGCGUCCCGUGCGCAUCACGCGGACAUUGGUGGCAUAUUACCCGGCUCGAUGCCGCCGCAUUCGAGAGAGCUAUUCCAGGAGGGAGCGAGCAUCAAGACGGAGAAGCUGGUCUCGGAGGGCCACUUCAACGAGAAACGAAUCACUGAGCUGCUUCUUGACGAGCCGGCUCGCUACCCUGGCUGCAGUGGAACGAGGUGUCUACCGGACAACCUCAACGAUCUGAAGGCACAGAUUGCGGCUAACCAGAAGGGUAUCAACCUGAUCAGCGCCUUGAUCGACGAUUAUGGUGAGGAGGUCGUGCAGUUUUAUAUGCGCAAUAUCCAGGACAAUGCAGAGCUUAGCGUGCGGAACCUGCUGAAGGAUGUCAGUAAGCGGUUCGAAGGCCAUGACCUGUCGGCGGUUGACUACAUGGACGAUGGAUCACCCAUUCAGCUGAAGGUCACUAUUGAUGCCGAGAAGGGAGAAGCUGUCUUCGACUUCACUGGUACAGGUCCAGAGGUAUACGGGAACACUAACGCCCCGGAAGCUGUGACUUACAGUGCCAUCAUCUACUGCUUGCGGUGCUUGAUCAAAGAGGACAUUCCGCUCAAUCAAGGCUGCCUGUCACCGGUCAAGGUCGUCAUCCCAAAGAAGAGCUUCUUGUCGCCAUCUGGAACAGCAGCAGUGGUUGGAGGCAACGUGCUUACUAGCCAGCGAGUCACGGACGUUGUGCUCAAGGCAUUCAACGCUUGCGCAGCGAGUCAGGGCGACUGCAACAAUCUCACCUUCGGAUUCGGUGGAAAUAUAGAAGGUGAGAAGGCUGUCAAAGGGUUCGGCUACUAUGAGACCAUCGCAGGCGGUAGCGGUGCCGGCCCAGACUGGGAUGGCACGAAUGGCGUGCAUACUCACAUGACGAAUACACGCAUCACAGACGCGGAAGUGUUCGAGAGACGGUACCCGGUCAUUCUACGCGAGUUCAGUCUUCGGGCUGGCAGUCACGGCAAGGGACAGCACAAGGGCGGUGACGGUGUGGUCAGAGACAUUGAAUUCCGCAUUCCGGUGCAAGUCAGCAUACUCAGUGAGCGAAGGGUGUACCAUCCGUACGGCCUGGAAGGAGGUGGAGAUGCGGCAUGCGGUCAGAAUGUCUGGGUGCGCAGGGUGCCCAAGAUGAAGGGCUCGGAUGCUGAUGCGCAAGCCAAUGGCAACAAAGACGGUAGUAGCAAGCAGGAGAACCCGCCCAACGCUCCAGGCAAACGUCAUGAGGCUGGAGAAGACACUGCAGAUGAAGAAUACAGACAUAUCAACAUGGGUGGCAAGAACACCGCUUCGAUGCAACCCGGUGAACGCAUUAUCGUUAAGACGCCAGGUGGAGGUGGUUGGGGACCAGUUGGCAAGGGCAGCGAGACUAGGCAGCAUGAGCGCCAGGAUCCGAAGCAUAGCUGGCGAGGUGGCAGUAUUGCCAGUCGACAAGCGGAGGCGGAGGCGUCCGCAUAGCUUGAGCUUUCCGCCUACCGAACCACUACCUCGAGUUGAGAGAGCCGUGACUUCAACUCAACG